UGUUCGAGGAAGUUUACGCUGUCAGAACGUGUUUUGGUGUAUUUGUGUAACUCAGUUACGUGUUAUUUCUGUUUGCCCUUUGCGACUUCAUUGGAAUUAUACGGUAGAUUUUGAUAAUAGCUGAAGUCAUAUUUCGAUGAUACAGUGAGGAGUUUAUUGUCGGCGUGAAAAGCGCUCAUAUGCAGUGUUGAUUUUCGUGUUGUUCGGCCUCUAACGUUAUUCAGGAAUCUAACCCAAUACCAGAUUUAUAAAAUGGAGAACAAAAGUGGCCGGUUUCCCUUCCCCUUCCAGGCGUAUCCCAUCCAGGAAAGCUUCAUGGAGGCACUUUACACCGCCCUGGAUCAGCGGAAAGUCGGUAUAUUCGAGAGUCCCACAGGCACGGGAAAGUCUCUGAGCCUCAUCUGUGGAGCUUUGACGUGGCUGAGAGACUACGAGGAGCAGAGGAAACAGGAGGCUGCUAGACUUCUGGAAGGACAGAAGAAGGACAGUGAUGUUGUGAACAAGAAAAACAGCAAUGGCAGACCAUCAGAGCCAGACUGGGUGUCAGAGUUUGUGCAAAAGAAAGCAGAGAGGGAUAUGGUGAACAAGUUAAAGGAUGACGAGCUGAAACGGAAGAAGCGAGAGGAGAGACUGGAAAUGAUCCGACACAAUGCUCAGCUCAGAUAUGCCAUGAAGAGAAAAGCUGAUGAAGAUGACGAAGCAGUGAAAUUACUGCAGCUCAGCAGAGAGGGGGCGGAGUCAGAGACUCACAGCCCAGAGGAGGAGGGGCUUAUUGUAGCAGAGUAUGAGAGUGAUGAUGAAGCCACGCCCAAGAGCAGACUCUGUGAUGAUGAUGAUGACGAUGAUCUGGAGGAGGAGCAUGUCACUAAGAUAUAUUACUGUAGCCGCACUCACUCUCAGCUGGCUCAGUUUGUGCAUGAGGUCCAGAAGAGUCCAUAUGGAGCUGCGGUUCGCUUGGUUAACCUGGGCUCCAGACAGAACCUGUGUAUCAAUCCAGAGGUCGUCCGGCUGGGAAAUGUCCAAAUGAUGAAUGAGCGCUGUUUGGAAAUGCAGAAAAACAAACACGAGAAAAGACAAAAGGAGUCAGACUCCGAGUCCAAGCGCAGUCGUGGUAUGCCCAAAGCAACGUGUGUCUUUUCUGGGUUUGAGAAUCUGAUGGCGAUGAAGGAUGAGGUGCUGGUGAAGGUUCGAGACGUGGAGCAGCUCAUACAACUUGGCCGUGAAACACACACCUGUCCUUAUUACAGCACACGCAUGUCCAUUCCUGCGGCUCAGGUGGUGGUGUUGCCGUAUCAGUCGCUGCUUCAUGCUUCCACACGCAAAGCAUCAGGCAUCAAACUGAAGGAUCAGAUCGUGAUUAUAGAUGAAGCUCAUAAUCUAAUGGACACAAUCUCAGCCAUACACAGUGCAGAAAUCAGCGGAGGACAGCUCUGCAGGGCUCAUUCACAGCUCUCUCAGUACUGUGAGCGCUACAGAAGUCGACUGAAGGCCAAAAACCUGAUGUACAUCAAGCAGAUCCUCUUUGUGCUGGAGGGUCUGGUGCGGACACUCGGAGGUAAAGUGGGUCAGAAUCCAAACACUCAGUCCUGCCAAACAGGAAGUGAGCUGCUGACAAUCAACGACUUCCUGUUUAAGGCUCAAGUUGAUAACAUAAACCUAUUUAAGGUUCAGAAAUACUUUGAGAAAAGCAUGAUCAGCCGAAAGCUGUGUGGAUUUGCAGAGAAAUAUGAAGGCAGUGGAAUAAACACACACUCCAGCUCUAAAAACAAAGAAAACCGUCGCACUGAAGGACUCGGACGUUUCCUGCAGACGCUUCAGAGCAAACCUACAGAUGUGCCAGAACAGCAGAUGGCAGUAGAAGACAAACUAAUCAUGGCCUCUCCGAUGAUGCUGGCUGAAAGUUUCCUGUUUGCCCUCACUAAUGCCAACAAAGACGGCCGGGUUGUGAUACAAAGACAGGCGUGUGUAGCUCAGAGCAGCCUGAAGUUUCUCCUGCUGAACGCCGCGGUUCACUUCGCUCAGAUCCUCCAGGAGUGCAGAGCUGUGAUCAUCGCUGGAGGAACCAUGCAGCCUGUUGCAGAUUUUAAAGAGCAGCUUUUAUUUUCGGCCGGGGUCACAGAAGAGCGUAUUUUAGAGUUCUCGUGCGGUCAUGUCAUACCCCCUGAGAACAUCCUACCCAUAGUGCUUUGCGCCGGCCCCUCAGGACAGCAGUUGGAGUUCACUUUUCAGACCAGAGACUCGCCGCAGAUGAUGGAGGAGACGGGCCGCGUUCUGUCAAACCUUUGUAAUAUAGUGCCGGGUGGCGUGGUCUGCUUCUUCCCCUCUUAUGAAUAUGAGAAGAGGAUUCUGGGACACUGGGAGAGCACCGGGAUCCUCCAGCGGCUGCAGUCUAAGAAGAAGAUUUUUCAGGAGCCCAAAAAAGCCAGUCAGGUGGAGCAAGUGCUGAGUGACUAUUCCAAAUGCAUACAGCGCUGCAGUAAUGUUGGAGGUGGCCAGACGGGGGCGCUGCUUUUCUCUGUGGUCGGAGGGAAAAUGAGUGAAGGAAUCAACUUCUCUGAUGACCUGGGCAGAUGCAUUGUUAUGGUGGGAAUGCCGUAUCCCAACAUAAAGUCACCAGAGCUGCAGGAGAAGAUGGCUUACCUGGACAAACACAUGCCUCAUGUUGCUGGUAAAAGUCCUGGGAAAGCGCUGGUUGAGAGUCUGUGCAUGAAAGCUGUCAAUCAAUCUAUUGGCCGUGCGAUCCGUCACCGUGGUGAUUACGCUUGUAUUGUGUUGUGUGAUCACCGAUACGCCCGAACCGGGACACUGCAGAAACUUCCAGAAUGGAUUCAAUCCAGCACACGCACACACGCAACUUUCGGGCCCGCGUUUGCCAGUGCCAGGAGGUUUUUCCUGGAGAAGCGACAGAAAGCCACACUCUGAAGGCCAUCUACUCAUCUGCGUGUGUGUAAAAACAUUACGCUCCGUCCUGCAUUAUGGAUGUUUGUUUGAGUACUCCUUCCUUGUGAAUUAUUAAGGUGAAGUUCAGCCUCCUCUCUCUCAGGUUUCUACAUGUCAUUUUGUUUGGUUUUAUUUAAUUAAAGCUGGUUUUAAUAAUA